UGACAAAAUACAAGUAAAAGCACAUUUACAAUGAAAUCAGACCUGGAGCGGAAAGAGAAUUUAACAGUCAGUGUAUCAAAUUAAUUUUAAGAAGCGGACGUGUUGAAUAUUACAGAGUCGUUUAAGUAAUACGAUCUUUCAUACACUCGGAGAAGUUGGCUGGUCUAGCAAUAAGAUUUUGGUCUGUACAACAGUCUCUAGCCUUGUUAAAAAACGGAGGAAAUGUCGAUUUUCCCACGAAUUUCCCUGAAGCCUGAAGUGACUGAAUAUCUUAAGAGUGUCUUCUUAAACAAGGAGGUUUUAACGGUGGUGGGUCAUCAGGAGGCAGAGCAUCGUUUCCACAAGCUGCUCUCAUGUCUGUCUCACCCACCUUCAUACACCUGCGUACGAGCCAGCACCCAUCUCGCCCCCCUUGAGGAGAUCAGGCAGCAGCUGGCAGAAGAGCUGAGGAAGCAGCUGAUGUGCAGCUCGUCAGCAGAGGAAGUCUCUGUGCAGAUUCUGCCACACCCACGAAUUGCAGAUGUGCUGAUCCUUCCUGUUGAAGGUCCGAGACCUGUGAAGCAGCUCGGCUCAGAGGUGGUGGUGGGCGCUCAGUGUGGCAGCGCCGUACUGAGAGGCGCUCACGUCUUCGCCCCGGGGAUCCUCGGCAGCCCCAAAUAUAUGAAGGCGGGGGAUUUGGUGUCCGUCUUCUCUGACCUGGAGGGCAAGUGCACCCGAGGAGCCACCAGCUUCCAGGGGAAGAAGGUAUUUGUGGGUAAUGGAGUAGCCGAAAUGGAUCGCUCCACUAUCUUCUGCACAGAUGAGCCUGCCAGAGGUAUCGGUAUUCGAAUGGUGGAGCCGCUUUACAGAAGUCCGUCCUUUGAUGGUGUUUUACCUAGCCUAGCGUUCCUGCAGAACCUCCCGUCUGUGGUUGUGGGACACGUGCUCGGGCCUCGCCCUGGAGAGCGCAUCCUGGAUAUGUGCGCUGCGCCCGGAGGGAAGACCUGCCACAUUGCUGCGCUCAUGGAAGAUCAGGGAGAGGUCGUAGCCUUGGACAGGAUCCGGAAUAAGAUUGACCGCAUUCGUCAAAAUGCACAAAUGUUGCAUUUGCAAAGCGUGAAGGCGCACUGCUUUAACAGCACUCUGGCUGUGAGCAGUGACUCAGCACAGGAAACUGAAGGACCUCCGUUCCCUCCGGAGAGUUUUGACCGGGUUCUGCUCGAUGCUCCCUGCAGCGGCCUCGGACAGAGACCCAACAUGGGCAGCACCUGGAGCCUCAAAGAGAUCUGCUCCUACCAGCCACUGCAGCGCAAGUUAUUUCAUGCUGCGGUGCGGCUGCUGAAGAAAGGUGGUGUUUUGGUGUACAGCACCUGCACAGUGACUCUAGCAGAGAAUGAGGAGCAGGUAGCUUGGGCCCUUGACACCUUCCCUUGCCUCUCACUUGAGCCACAGGAACCCCACAUCGGUGCUGAAGGCAUGCCUGGAGCCGGCCUUCCACCUGAGCAGCUGCGCCUCCUCCAGAGGUUCAGUCCCGAGCUGAGCUGGGAGCAGACGGAAACUACAACCCCGCUCCCCUGCAGAGCCGACAGCGACACUAUCGGCUUCUUUAUCGCUAAGUUCCUGAAAAACUAACCCGAGGGCUCGCGCUCUCGCACGGGGCUCAUAUGAGACAGCAAAACGGGAACAAUAGUGUUUAUAUUACGACACUCUGUGUGCUUUGACGGGCCAGUGUUGACAAAGAGCUCCCUGCGCUGUUUACAGCAUCUGCCUCUUAACAGCUGCUCUCUAAAACCGUGGGCCUUAUAGGGAUAAGCUUUAUAAACACCAGGGGAGGGGUGGGAUGGAAGAGGGUGGUGGUUGGGGGGCACGUGGCGACGGAGUCUGGAUGAGUAACGGCAAAUGCAGCAGCAGCAGCAGCGCUGCGGUUGCUAUAACAACAGUGACGACACAGCUGCCAUGGUGACGGAUUCGCUGGAGAAUGGAUCAGGAAGUAGGUGUAGAAAGAGGCCAUGAGAGGAAUUAACAAUUUAGUGUCUUUGCAGCGCUGGAGACGACUGGGACGUUUAAUUAGGACUUCUGGAGCCUGCAGGAAAGAGGAGACGCUUGUGUUUGGCUCAGUCUCUGCAUUCAUCAGAAGGAAAUGUUGCUCAGUUUUUCAGAAUAAGAGCACAUUUAAAGGGAGCCUGUUUCUGUUUUUGGAAGUGGUUAAGAGUAAAGAUGUGAGAGGAAAAAAAGAUGUUAUUAAAAUUAUGACUUCCAGGAUAUUUAGACCUUUUUUCUUUUUCUUUUUUUUUACCAAUAAAAUAAGAGUUAAUUAAGAUAAUUCCUUAAAAACAAGAUGCCAAAAUAGUCCAGAGGUUUUUUUUCAUGAUGGUAGGGUUUACUCCUGGAAGACCUUUGCAUAUGAUCUCAAACCAUUUGUCAAUUGUUGUCUAAAUUCCUUUUAACUAAUUGUUUUUAGCAGAGAUUAAAAAGAAUUUUAGCUAUUUUUUUUUCCUUUUUCUCUUUUGUUAUUUAUUCCUUUUUAUGCAAGCAAAACAAAAAUCGUCUUAGUUGUAGAAUAAAAUUGAUCUGUUUUAAAGUCUUUCAGGUGUGUCUUAUAUUUGAACAUUUAGUCAACACAUCAUAGACAAACGUCACACACUGACAUUCGAAAAAAUACCGCCACCCCUCAUUUCUUUAUAUUUUGCUAGAAAAACUGGAAACAGGCGCAUAGAAUAUUAUUAUACAGGACAAAAAACUGCUAAAGAGUGUUUUCUUAGGCAAGCUUUCCUGUAAUUUCCUCAAGUAGUCUUCAGGAAUAAUUUUCUGGGCUUCUCAAAGGACCUUCAAAACUCUUCUUUGGAUGUUUGCUGCUUGUGUUUCAUUCUCUGUAAAAUCAUCCCAAACUGCUUCAUUGAUGUUGAGGUCUGGGCCAUGACUGAUAGUGUUCCAUUGUGUCUUUUAUCCAGGUAUUUUUUUUAUUGCAUUGGUAAUAAUUUGGAUGCAUCGCUCAAUCAGACCUGUUACCACUGAUUUUAAGCUAAGUUCUUGUGUAAUUUGGCAUACCUCAAAUUAAAUGUUCUCCUUGUUUGCUUUCCUAAUCAAUGACUUCUUGACAGCCAUCGAUUGUUUUUGCUUAAAUAU